AUGACUACUGAUACAAUAGAUAUAGAUGCUCAACUUCAAUUAAAUUCAUAUUUAAAAAAUAACUUUAUUGAAGGUUUUGCCAUUAAAAAUUUUCGUGAACGCUAUCUUAUACCAAGUAGUAAUAACAUUUUUGGUGGUGUUCAAAUUGAAUAUAUUCUAAUCGAUAGUGGUUCCAAUUCUUCCUUAUUUCCAUUACCAAUGACAUUAAACAAUACGUUCGAUAUUAAUAUUUUAUUAAAAAACUUUCCAUAUGAUAAACACAUAUGGUCAAUUGGAACAGCACAUGGUGCUGGUCUAUUACCAGAUACAACAUUACAUAUUAAACCUAAAGAAUCAGAUGAUGGAUCACUUUGUACAAUAAAAUGUUCUUUACAUGUUGACAUUAAACCAUUAGAAUUUCAAUUACCAUACAUACGUUUUUCAUUGGACGAACAAUCAAUAAAAGUUUUACUUGAAACAAAUGAAAUUCCAUUCUCAGCAACAGAAAAAGGAAUAUUACGAAGUAGAAUAAGUUUUUUCAAUGAAUUUGAAAAACAUUUUCCAUCUAUAAGAAAUACAAAAAAGCGUGAAUAUUGUCUACUUGGACAACACUUUCUCAAAAAUUUAUGUACAAUACAAAUAAAUGAUACUAUGGUUUUUGUUAAUAAAAAUAAAACACAUGAAAAAUUAUUUCCACUUGCUAAUACGACUGUGUGGGCAUUUAGAAAUAUUCUUGGAGAUAGUCCAGAAUGUUGUGAUUAUGUUCUUGAUAUAGGUAUACUUCGACCAUUAUUAAAUAUUUUUUCACGUAAUACACGUUUAACAAUGAUACGAAAUGGUGGAUGGUGUUUAACAAAUUUAUGUCGUGGCAAAAAUCCAGCUGUUAAGUUUAAUAAAGUUGCUUCAACAUUAUCUGUACUUAGUUGUUUACUUUAUAAUCUUGAUUCGGACGUAUUAGCUGAUACAUAUUGA